UCAAAGGCCAUAGAAGAGAAGAUGGACUGGGGAACAUUGCAGAAGGUUUUAGGAGGUGUGAACAAACACUCCACCAGUAUUGGGAAGAUCUGGCUCACUGUCCUGUUCAUUUUCCGUGUUAUGAUCCUCGUGGUGGCUGCAGAGAGAGUCUGGGGAGACGAACAAAAUGAUUUUGUCUGCAACACUCUGCAACCGGGAUGCAAAAAUGUUUGCUACGACUACUUCUUCCCCAUCUCUCACAUUAGACUGUGGGCCCUUCAGCUCAUCUUUGUCUCAACUCCUACACUUCUGGUGGCCAUGCACAUUGCACACAGACGGCAUGAGAAGAAAAGGCAGUUCACGAGUGGUAAGAAAGUGGAUAUUGAAGAACUGAAUAAACAAAAGUUUCAUAUUCAGGGCCCCUUGUGGUGGACGUACACCUGCAGCAUAUUCUUCAGAAUAAUCUUUGAAGCUGUCUUCAUGUAUGUGUUUUACGUAAUGUAUGAUGGAUACCAAAUGCCUCGCUUACUGAAAUGUAGCACGUCGCCUUGCCCCAACACAGUGGAUUGCUUUGUUUCUCGACCCACUGAGAAAACAAUGUUUACUAUUUUCAUGCUUUCUGUGUCUGGGAUCUGUAUGAUGUUAAAUGUGGCUGAAAUGUGUUAUCUGGUAAUAAAACUUUGUAUGAAAGCCCUUGUUUCUGUCUCCAAGCAAUCCCCACGUUCAUGGAGGGAAUGUGUGUGUGCACAUACAUACACAGCCUAGUACUGUAUUUUUCAGUAGAUUCCUUCUAACUGCUCUCAAAGGGGGUGGGUUGUUCAGUUCAGCCAGUGGUGAAACAAGCCCUGGCAGUACUGCUUCCAUGGAGGUAACCACAUGGAAGUUAGCAUUGUAGGGGGUGGAAUUGAAAUCCCUUGCUCAUUCCCUGGGAGAGGCAAUAAGGCAAACACUGCCUUCCCAUAUAAUAAUUUAGAGAAAACAUGAGGUGAGGGUGCCUGAAGGGGCUUUCUUCUUCUACUCUGGCCCUGCAACACCUUUUUCUAGGAGAAGGGGUGGUGCUGAGGGCCUCAGUUUGGUAGGUUCAGUUCUAACAUUUGAAAAAGAUUUUUACCAUAUAACUGGCCCUCCUUCAACUGCUUAUUUUAAAAAAUUGUGCUGACUAAAGAACAAGGAAAAUUUUGUUUAUCAUUCCAUUUUGUAUUGCUCAGGACAACUACUGUACUUCAACUCCUCUUGCACAAUACAUAGCAGGACGCACCCACCUAGUGUUCUGACACAGUUCUUUUCUUUCUAUCCAUCUGGGUAGCACUUAACCGUAAAUCCUUCUCCAAAUCCUCAACUAACCCAAAGUAGGGUGUAUGACUCUUCAACACUCCCACUUACACCGUGAGUCACUUGUCCCUCAUUUCACAAUGGACACAGGAGGAGUUAGAAGAUCCCUACAGAGCUAAAAUAACACUGUCUUGACAUGAGAGAUGUGUAUGUUAUAGGAACCUGCUUUUUCUUUUAAAGUUCCCAUUGUUAAGAUGUAAAUUGCAUGUAACCAAGUGGAGGAAUAGCAAGAGUGCAUCUGGUCCUAGAUCUUUACAAUAUUCUCAGUAACCAUUAAAGUUUACAUAUUUACAUAGGGAAUUGCAGCAUUACAGGUAGCAAUACAAUUUCAGCACUUCGCCCAAGUGCCUACCCAUUAGAAGUAACUGUAGGAGUCAGUUACUCCUGUUAUGGGCUGCAAUAACUUGGUAUGCCCAGAAAGGGCAUAUUUUAGGGGCAGCAUGUAGAGUCUCUAGGCUUCUCCCCUUAUAUCUGUUGUCUCCUGCAAUACAUCCCAAUUUACUGCUGCUGGAAGAAAUGAGGAUGCACUGAUUUAGGCAGGGUAGCAUGUGGAAAUACUGCUAACCUGCAACACCUCAUUGUGCACUGGAAAUGGAGCACAAACAAGUUACUACUACUGAUGUAUUGAGUAGCAGCUAGUGUGUCUGGGCCGCAAACCAGGUAUGUUAAUUACAGGCUUAGGUUGGGUGGACUUUCAAAAUGUAUAGUCAGAAAUCUGACACCUACUGGGGGGAGGAAAAGAAAUCAAAGCAGCACUAUCAGAAACAUGAGCAAAACUUGAAAAGUAAAUAAGAAUUAAAUGGGAAACUCUAUCUGUAUGAGAACAUCCUUAAUCCAACUGUGAUGAACAAAAACUUUGUCAUGUAGCAUGCUUUUGCUUGGUUCCUGUACAGUUACAUGUCCAACUACAAAAAGAACAAACUGUUUCUACACUCCCAAAACUCUAGUAUUAUGUUUGUUUUGUAACAAUUAUCAUUUUUUACUUCAUUCAGAACCCAUAACUAAAGCACUUGUAAUGUCUGAGGUUCUAUGUUACUUAAAAUGCUAUGGUGUACAACUGUCUAGUGAAAAAGUAAGUUUACUAUCGAAGGAAAUGUAAGCUCUAAUACCACUUUAAAUAGCCGAGAGAUACUGUAAAUAGAGACAUUUUUAACUUACAUGGCAGGUUUGUUAGUUUUGUAAAUAGUUACACGGUGUGCUAUAUUGCCAACUUUAUGCGUUGGUAGUGGAAUGAUGUGUAUGUAACCUGCAGCAGAAAUCGGUUGUCCCAUCUACAGAAGGUUUUACAGUAGCACAGCAACAGCUGGAAAGACUGGUGAUAAAGGUGGUUUUACUACUGUCUGGCAUUUGGGGGGGAGAGGAGAGGGAUGUAUUAGGACAUGCUUGCAGGGCAAACUACAGAUUUAAAGGAAUUUGCAAGUGGAUGAAAUGAAGAUGUUCCAUAACUGAUGACAAUCUCAGGUUAAUUAUUUUCAUCUAACAAUUUGGCUACUUGGUCUCCUGAAGCAGUUAAACAGAGGGAUUGGAAAAGCAACUGGGAGUGCCCAGGCAUGGUUCUGAUCCUGAAUUGUCGUGUUAGUAAUACUAAUCCUAGUUGAGUUUUAUCUGUGAGAUUGUCUUUGUUUAUAUUUUUAUUUAGCUAAGGAACUAAUGUGUAGAAACAUGUGUUUGGACAUUUCCAUGGGAAAUAAGCCUUGUGAACCCAUUUUUGUGUGGCCCAAUUGCAUACCUGA